AUAUAGGCUGAUAAUUAUAUAUUUAUGCAAUCUAGCCGUACAAUUCAUUGUCCCAAUCAAGUGGGACAACUAGGCACUCAUUAAUAAGAGUUCGUAACACAGUGUCUUCUUCUGAGUUGCUAUAUAAGUAUGAGUUGCUGGCUGGGCAAACGAAAAAUUAAGAACACACCUCUAUAUAAGAAAACACACAGAGAGCCAGAGAGGAAGGAAAGGAGAUGAGCUUAGUCUGGAGGACUAUGUUGUGUUCGUCAAGGAAAGAGAAGGGAAGUUGCGAAGUUGCUAUGCAGACACAAUUCAGCUCGAGAGCGAUGAGCUCGUGGAGAUUGUGAUGGUCGACGCAGCAUUCGUAGUCCUGCUCUUGGUGAAGAUUGCUGAAGAUGAAGAGCAAGAAUGUUGCAGGAUCUUUAAUAGGCCCCACUAUAUAAUGAACAUUGUGGGAGAUAUGUUCUUACUCGAAAACCAGCUCCCGUUUUUCAUUCUCGAAGAUCUUUUUGAUAAAAUCGAAAUCGAAAUCGAAAUCAACUCUUCAUCCCAGGAAGAAGCAGAUGAAGGGGGAAAAGGACAAGAAGACGAGGAAGAAACGAGAGAAGGAGGAGGAGGAGAAGGAAAAGGAAAAGGAGAUUUUAUUUUCAUGGAACCCGUGUGCCGGUUCGUCAACUCUAGACAGGAUAUCGGGGCUAAAGGAUAUGAUCCAAAAAUGAUUAAAAACCGCAAGAUAGAGCAUUUUCUGGACUGCCUCUGCGUUUGUCACCUAUCAUCCAAGAAGCAUUCACGAGUAAAGGAGGAAAGAGAGGAACUACAAAUUCCAUCACUCAUGCUCACUGCUACUAAACUGCAUCAAGCUGGAGUAAGAUUUGCAGAACACACGAGUACCCAUCUCCUUGAUAUCAAGUUCGAAGACGGGAUGCUAUCAAUCCCCCAUUUUUCCGUGGGUGACUACACCGAAACUUUUUACAGAAACCUGCUUGCUUUUGAGCAGUGCCAUUACCUUCGUGACUCUCCGUUUACAGCUUAUUUCCAUUUCAUGGAUCAGCUCAUCAACACCCCCGAGGACAUAGAGCUGCUGGUCGAGUGCGGGAUUAUUAACAGUACCGCCAGUGACAGGCUGCGGGCAGCGAACAUUUUUAAUGGCCUCGGACCGGGUCUUCUUAGUCCAGGUGAAUCUCAUUAUGGUCAUCGCCGCGAACAGCUGCUGACAUACUACAAAGUGCCAUGGCACAAGUGGAAAGCGGCGCUGAGGCAAAACUACUUCAACACUCCGUGGGCGGGCAUUUCCGUGAUCGCAGCUGUGAUCCUUCUUGUGCUCACUGUUGUACAGACAGUAUUUUCUGUUAUCUCCUAAGUUUGCUUCGAAAUUAAUGUCAUCAAUGACAAUUUGAAUCCUUCGUCAAAUGAAUCUAAUGAUUUCCCCCUUGUGCUCGCUGUCCAUUCUAGGUUG